AUGAUGGAAGCAGCCACAGGGUACCCCUCUGUUUUUGUUGUGGAUCCAACACUAAGGGAUGUUCCCUUUGUGCCACCCAGACGGAGGAGUCAGAAGAAAUGGCAAGCUGGUCAGCUGUUCUUGGGAUUCUUGGUGCUGCUGAUGCUGAGUGGCUUAACCAUCCAAACCUAUCUCCUGAUUUCCUUUCGCAAGGAACUGGAUACAGCAAUGGCACAGGUCAUAGAGAGUGAUCAAGUCCUGCUUCAGAAAGAUGCUCCUACUCUUCAAAGCCUAGUUAGCAAAUGCAUGGAGAGAACUUCAUCUCUUGCUCCCAAAUUACAGAACAAUUCCCUGUACAAAACAGAACCCCCCGACACUGCAAUUAUAGAUGGAGUCCUGCAGUGGGAACAUCAGAACGGGUUUGCUUUUCUGCACGACAUGGACUACAAAGCUGGUUCACUGAUUUCCAAUGAGUCUGGCUACUACUAUGUCUAUUCAAAGCUCACCUUGGCAUAUUCAAGCUGUUUAACCAAACACCGGGGAAAUUCCCUGUUCACCCACAGCAUUUACAAGAGGACAUCUCAAUAUCCCGAGGAGUUAUUACUGCUGACCAACUACAUUACCUAUUGCAACUCUAAGGACAGUGAACAGUGGCAGGGCAAUAGCUUCCUUGCUGGGGUGGUGUAUCUAGAAGAGGAAGAAGAAGUGUUCAUCAAAGUAACAAACGGGGAGUUGCUGUUCUACAGGGAUGACUCGAUAUCACAUUUCGGCACCUUCAUGAUCUAA